ACGACACUGACGAGCAACAAGGCUGCAGGGUGCUUUACGGCCGACUCUAAUCUAGCGUCAUAGGGAAUCUAAGGGUGCAAAAACUGGGGCUGUUUCUAGGGGGGCGGCUAUGGGGGUCUCCUAAGGGAACUGAGCAUAGAGAAGCCAGGCAGGCAUUGAAGGAAGAGGAGGAAGACAAAGGAGGAGAGGUCAAAGUCGCCCCGGGAAGCAGAGGCAGGGUGCCCCGCCUCAUGCGUGGUGGCAAUCCUUGGGCGGAGGCCAGCUAGCAGGGCGUGGUGCCAGCCGCAAGUCAGAGCAGAACUUCCGAGGCAGGAGAAGAGCCGGCGCAAGAGGAGGCUGAGAGCCGGGUGCUCCAAGAGACCUGAUAGAUGCGGAAGGCUGUAGCCGCUCGGAGGUUUUCUUUCGGGCGGGAGCAACUGGCACCGUUCGCUUCCAGAGGACAGACGGGAAUGGGAAGAUGCCCCUGGAGGUGAAGUGGCCCUUUCCGCGGGCCCCGAGUCUGCCCUGGAACUUGGCUAGCAGGGUGGUCAUGGGCUUGGUGGGUUCCUACAGCUGCUUCUGGACCAGGUACAUGAACCAGCUGAACGUCCACAACGAAGAAGUCCUCUACGAGCUCAUUGAGAAGCGCCAGCCGGGGACCCCCCUCCUCACGGUCUGCAACCACCAGUCCUGCAUGGAUGACCCCCACCUGUGGGGUAUUCUGAAAUUACGGCACGUCUGGAAUUUGAGGAAGAUGCGGUGGACCCCAACGGCAGCCGACAUCUGCUUCACCCAGGAGCUGCAUUCCCGUUUAUUCAGCCUCGGGCAGUGUGUUCCUGUCUGUCGGGGAGACGGUGUCUACCAGAAAGGCAUGGACUACAUACUCGAGAAACUCAAUCACGGAGACUGGGUUCACGUGUUUCCUGAAGGCAAGGUGAACAUGACCCAGGAAUUCAUGCGCUUCAAAUGGGGCAUCGGGCGUCUCCUGGCCGAAUGCCGCCUGCACCCCAUCAUCCUGCCGCUUUGGCAUGUAGGACUGAAUGACGUCCUCCCCAACGCACCGCCUUAUGUGCCUCGCACCGGGCAGAAAAUCACUGUGCUCAUUGGGAAGCCGUUCAGCGUCCGGCCCUUACUGGAGCGACUGCGGGCAGAGAACAAGUCGACUGUGGAAAUGCGCAAAAUGUUGACGGAUUUCAUCCAGGAGGAGAUCCAGACACUGAAAGAGCAGGCCGAGCAGCUGCAUCAGACCUUCAAGCUCCAGAGCUAGCGACGGGGUCAGGACGAGCACGGAUCGCAUGCUCUCCAGACACGGCGGCUGGCGGUCCAUGCUUGGGACACUCCUCCUCUUAGGAGCGGGAACUUCCUGGUUUGCCACCCAGGCCGGGCCUUCAGCGGACUGGCAUUGCAUGCAAGGGGCCGGACGGCGGCUCCCUUGGCACCUUCCGGAACUUUCCCCCUCAUAAUCUCUCUUCGUGCCUCUUCUGGGGGGGGGGAACUCAGAACUGUUACUGUGUGUGCCAUUCCCGGUUGCCAAAAUCAGCGGUGCUGCAGGGGUUAGUGGAGCAUGUACACCAGCAAGAGUUUUGUGGCAGAAGGGCGGGGGUAAACUCAGGUUUUCCUUCUCUCCUUGCUGUGAUCUCCCCUUCCCUGGCUUCCGUUGUUCAGUGGGUGCUGGGAAGCUAGAUGGGCUCAAGGUAGCCUCUCUUUUCCUAGAGAAGGCAGGCACAGAGGCGGUUUUUAUACUCGACCUUUUUCCAGUAAACAAUUCCAAAUC